UUGAAAAGAGGGCUCUAAAGGUUCCCACGGAUUUAACCUAACGCAAUCGGAGGAAAUGUUCUGAAACAGCUAAAAGAUAGCCAUUUCAUCAUUCAGUAACAGCUGGAAAACUUUCUAGGAUUAUCAGAUGGAAACUAUACAUCUGUCAAAACGGGUGGCAUCUUUUUCUUCGCUGAAAUCGUGAACCACCGCUGCUAUGGAUUGCGCAGUUAUCCGGCUCUCUCAUGCGUCGGUCCUAGGAUAUCCGCGCAUUUUGGUUCUUCUCUGUUUCAUACAACUGAGAGCGCUGGCCCAGUUAGCUCCAGAAUGCUACCCGGGGGGCUACCGAACGUUAAGGAACCCGUAUCGUAGCGUGGAGUUCGACUCUACUGAGCUGCAGAACACUGCUAUUCAGGACCUGAUCUGUGACCACUCACUCUCCCCUGGAUGGUACCGCUUUAGCAUUAACAACAAGCCUGCGGAGAUGCCCACCAGCUGUGUGGAAAUGAACAGAUGCGGCACUCAGGCACCUGUGUGGCUUUCUCUGACCGGCAGCUCUCUACCAGGCCCGGGAGAGGUCCGCCAGCUCUCUGCCUGUGCCACCUGGCAGUUCUUCCAUGGGAGCACCAAGGACUGCUGCCUCUUCCGUAUCCCCAUUUCAGUGCGCAACUGUGGGGAGUUCCUCCUGUACUUCCUCCAGCCCACGCAAGGGUGUAUGGGCUACUGUGCCAAAGUCACACCAAAUGCUGGAUCUAAAUUAUGCCCACUUGGUGAGGUGGAGAUUGAUGGGCGUUGCAAAGCGAGUCUCCCUGUGUUAACCUCCAAGCCUGUGAUCAGCCCGGAGCUAGUGGGGAGCAGUGUCCACCUGCGAUGCUCCUUUGCCGCGGUGAAGACCUUGGGGAGGCCCCUGGGUUACCUGGUGGUCUGGGCACGACACCUGGCCUCCAACAUGAAGGUGGAGAUCAGAAAACAUUCCGCCAUGGAGGCAUUCUCAUUGGUUGAGAUGGACGGGGUCCACUUCAGACUGGGGGAGAAGUUCUCCUGCAGUGUUUCCACGUUCCUGGGUAAUUCCAGCCAUACACAAUCUGCUGCCAAGGAGAGUGAGAGCUUCUAUGCUGGAAUGAAGUUUGUUCCAGAUGUGCUCCACAUUGCGGAGGACGGGGUAGAGCAUUCUGUAGCCAUCCACAGCACAGUGCCUAUCCCUUGUUACGGGGCAGGUCACAGCCGAUCAUGUGGAGUGCCUCUUUCUCUGAGUGUCCGUGACUCAGAUAGCUCAGGCCCUAGCGUAGAGGCUCCCAACAUGGCCCUGUCUACCUGCCACGUGGAGCUGCAGCCUACUGAAGCCUGCAGCCGUAACCAAGGGUGUGCCCGGGCUGUCCUCGCCCUCACCGCCGUCACAGACUUCACCCGCGACGGCAACCGCCAGAGUCUCCUCACCGCUAUACCCAGCAGGGAUGCGCCACGGCUCUGGAGAGGAUACAUCCCCACGCCCCUCAAGGUCACAGUUCAAGAUAUUCCCACUGCUAGCUGUUACUCUCUGACUGAUCCACACAUCAUUACAUUCGAUGGCAGACGAUAUGAGAAUCAGCAGACGGGCACCUUCGUCCUCUAUAAGAGCCUCCGCCGAGCAUUCGAGGUCCAGGCUCGUCAGUGGGACUGCGGCAGCCGCCAUUAUCCUGUGGCCUGCAACUGUGGAGUAGUGGCCAGGGACGGAAACCAGGUGGUCACGCUGGACAUGUGCAACGGUCAGCUGCAGGAGACCCGACCCCGGCUGUCUCUGAAGAACCUGGGCGGAGAUAACAUCGGGCCCGGUGGGAGCAGCCAGAGCCGAAUCAAAAUCCAUGAAUCUCACCAGGAGAGAAAAAUUACAUUUAUUUUUCCGUCCGGGGCCUUCGUAAGGGCCGACGUCAGUGAUUGGGGGAUGAGCCUGUCGAUCAGAGCUCCAAGUGUGGACUACAGAAGCACCGCCGGACUCUGUGGGACGUUUGACAGGAACGGUCACAACGACUUCCACGGGUUGGACGGCACCAGCUUUGCCAUCACUGACCACAAACGCUUUGUGGAGGAAUGGAGGCUUGCCCCGGGGGAGAGUUUAUUCGACACCAUGCCGUCUGAGGUGGAGGAGGAGGCACUUCGGCCUUUCUGCCGAUGCCAGGAGGGCUACAGCAUGUCUCUGCAUCAGGCCACGGGUCACACCGGCGACAGCCGCCAUGGCUUUAACCCAACGUCGCCCCGCCACCAAACAUCGUGUCAUUCUCGCGACAGUGUGGAUCACACCUCUGUCUUCCCCUUCCUGGACACCACCUCGGACUACAUCAGGAGCUCUGACCCAGCUGACCGCCACGGAAUGUCCGCGCCGAGCGGCCCAGCUCGACCCGGGGGGAUCCACAAACAGCCAAGUUCCAGGACUAGGGAAUAUGGGGAUCGUGGUGCUGAGAGGGAGAUCGACAGGGAGCUCAGUAGAGACUUCCUUGUUGCUGUGGACGAUGGUCCAAUGAUGAAGAGACAGGCCCUGUACGAGUUCCAGCCCAUUUUCACCUCUCAGUCCCUGAGCCAAACCGACCUGGAGAACUUGGCCUAUUUCUUCCCGGAGGACCACCAGCUGCCUGCAGAGAGGCCAGCGGCAAGGCCGAUAUGGCCCACCCCCAGUGGACUGACCUCGGCCAAGGCCCUGGAGGUAUGCCAGCAGGCCCUGGGGAACUCCACGGUGGGCGUGAUGUGUAGAGGACUGCUGGGUCGGAGGCUGGAUGAGGCAGUGGACCUCUGCAUCCUAGACCUGCAGCUCAAGGAUGACCUGUCCUGGGAAGAGGCUCUGGUUCCUCACCUGGAGAAUGAGUGUGAGAGGAGACUCCUGGAGAACCGCACCCAGAGGGCCCUGCUGCUGUCCGGGUCCACGGGCGGGUCCGUGGGUGCUGGGAUGGAGGUGGACGGGACGGUGUGGACGGUUCUCGCCGCACUGCGCUGUCCCAAUUUCUGCAAUGGGAAUGGUCUGUGUACGGAGAGGGGAUGUCAAUGCUUCUCUGGCCACAGCUUCUACGACUGCAGCCUGGCCAUCGAUCAGCCUGUGGAGCUGACAGACCUGGAGAACAGUGGUCUAUGUGACAUCAGGACGGAUGAUUGUCACAGCGUGCGUGUCUUUGGCCUUGGUUUCAUCGACUCUCCUAACCUAGACUGUCUCCUCACACGACUGAUGCGCGUAAAUUCUGAAUGGGUUCCCGGAGAGAAGCAGAGGACCAGUGCUACCUUCCUGAGCUCCAAGGCUUUAGACUGUUCCGUCCCCUCGCUGAACAGCCUGACUCCAACCCACGCAGCGGACUUUGCUGUGGAUGACAAGCCAUACGCACGCUGGGAUGUGAAGGUGACCAAUGAUGGCUCUCGGUACAGUGAGCCCAAGGUGCUGACCAUCUACGACGGUGUGUGCCAAGUGUGUGAGACGGGCCCCUCCGGACUCUGUAAGUUAAAGGAGAAAACAUGUAUUAUAGAUGGGCUGUGUUUUGCUGAGGGAGAAUCCAGUCCUGCCAGCCCUUGUCUCCUCUGUGACCCCAGCACCUCCAGGUUCACAUGGUCUGUCAAUGAAGGCAACCAGCCCCCCCGCCUGCACCAGCCGCAGGAAGGCCUCAGCACCUUCGCCGGGGAGAACUUUGUGUUCCAGUUCACAGCCGAGGACCCCGAGGGCUCUGCGCUCCUCUUCCUCCUGGAGGAGGGCCCUGGCGACGCCACUCUGUCCCCCGCGGGCCUCCUCCUCUGGAAAGUCCACUGGAAGGAAGCUCCCGGGGCGAGGCGACAGAGCUUCAGGUUCACGCUGUCCGACGAGUGCAACGCCCAGAGCAGCUACACUGUGGAGGUGGCCGUGAAGCCCUGCGGGUGUGCGCGCGGCGGGACGUGUGUGACCGACGUGGCGUUUCCGGCGGGCAGCGGCGAGUACCUCUGCGUGUGUCCCAGAGGGGGCGGAGGGGACACGUGUCAGGAGGACCUCGACGCCUGCCUCUCGGCUCCGUGCGGUGCCGGGGAGUGUGUGGACACCACCGGGGGCUUCCGCUGUGAAUGCCCUGCAGGCCUGGCUGGAACUACCUGUCUGGUGGAUGUGAAUGAGUGUGAGAGGACUCCCUGCUUCCCUGGAGUCCAGUGCUUCAACAGCUUUGGUUCCUACAGAUGUGGGGUCUGUCCCCGCGGCAUGCUGGGAGAUGGGACCACCUGCGUAGGUAGGCAGGUCACCUCCAGUGUUGGACCUACCCCCGCCGACUCAACCGCCACCGCUACCAGGAACUCAUCCCGCAGACCAGACCAGAAGACCCAACCCAAGAUGGACGCUGGCAGACCUGUUCCACUGCAGACCAACAAGCCGUCAGGUUCCAAGACUUUGGCUGUAAUUGCACCGCCUGAGAACGGACAAAAAACCGGCCCGGGGCGAUUCUCCCCGGUAGAAAACAAAAACAAUGUGACAGGGACGUGUGCCAGCCGACCGUGCUACCCGGGGGUCCAGUGUAUCAACCGCCGUCCCCCCUACGCGGGCUUUGUCUGUGGCCGCUGCCCACCGCCUCUCCACGGCAACGGCCGCUCCUGCACCAAGACCGCUCGUGGUAACGUUCCCCCGUACCAGCAGCGUUUGACACUGACCAAGAGCCGAAGACACCCCCAGAGUCGAGAGACGGUGUCCCAAAUACACCUUCCCACCCUGCGCCCUCCACUGACGCCAGCCCGAAGGCCGGUGACCAGGCGGAGAUUGGUGUCCCCGCCCCUGUUUCCUAGACACACCCCUGCGUCACCUGUCAGGGUCCCAACCCAUCAGGCUGUCAUUCCCUUUACAGAGGCAAAGCCCAACACUACCUCUUUCAAGGUGGCACCCAGAGAGUCUGUUGGCGCCAUCAAGGCCUCGUCCUCCUCCAAGGUGACCCCGCCCCAAUCAAAUCUGACUCCGCCCCACUAUGGGGUGACUCCGCCCCACUCCAAGAAGACUCUGCCCCAAUCCAGUCACCCGAAAGUUCUGCAGGCCCGGUCCAACACGGAGUCGGAGCAGCCAGCCCAGGGGAGGCUCGACGGUGUGGUAUCGGUGCCCACUCUGACCGCACACUGGACGCUCCCUAAGGCCGUGGCCCCACUGACCGCAGCCCUCUCCUCCCCGGCCUACGUCGAGUUUGAGUUCUCCGCUGACGGAGCGCUGACGAGCCCGGGCUCAGACUCCCCUGACCACCCCCACGAGCUCCCCCUCACCCGCCCUUUCACCAACUCCGCCCGGAGGUACCAGGACACGCCACUGUUCGCCCCCUCCCGCCACAGAGCCGCCUCUCACAAACCCCACCGUGGGACCAGGAUCGGCGAAGCUGCGGCAGCUGAGAGGGAGCGACCUCUGACCUGCGCCGACCUACCCUGUUUCCCAGGCGUCCCCUGUCAGCCCACGGGGGACGGAGGCUUCGGCUGCGGCAGGUGUCCUGUGGGCUACACCGGAGAUGGACGAGCAUGCCAAGCUGUGUGCAGACAUGCGUGCGGCAGGAACAUGGAGUGUGCGGCUCCCAAUACGUGCCGUUGCAAACCAGACUACACCGGGACCUACUGUCAAACCGCAAUCUGUAAACCCGAGUGUCUGAAUGGAGGGCGGUGCGUUGCCCCGGGUGUGUGUGAUUGUCUGGAGGGCUACCACGGAGAGACAUGUGAGACAGCUCUGUGCAGUCUGCCCUGUGAGCACGGAGGAACCUGCCUGGGACCCAACACCUGCUCCUGUCCGUACGGCUUCGUGGGCCCCAGGUGUGAAACAAUGGUGUGUAACCGUCACUGUCAGAACGGAGGAGCGUGUUUGUCUCCUGAUGAGUGUGCCUGUGUUCCCGGCUGGACGGGACCCUUCUGUGAGACAGCUGUGUGUGCCCCUAUGUGUCUAAACGGAGGAGAUUGUCUUCGUCCAAACACAUGUGUGUGUCCGCAUGGCUUCUACGGGGCCCAGUGUCAAAAUGCUGUCUGCACCCCCCCCUGUAAGAACGGCGGCGUGUGCAUGAGGGACGGCGUCUGCUCCUGCGCCGAGGGGCACACUGGAGGGCGAUGUGAAAAGAGUGUAUGUGAGCCCAUGUGUGUGAAUGGCGGACGGUGUGUGGGUCCAGACGUGUGUGACUGCCCGUCAGGCUGGCGAGGAAAGCGGUGCGAUAAGCCCUCGUGUCUACAGAAGUGUCUGAAUGGAGGAGAGUGUGUCGGCCCCAACACCUGCAACUGUCCCCGGGGCUGGGAGGGCAUGCUGUGCCAAGUCCCGCUGUGUGAACAAAAGUGUCUCUACGGCAGCCGCUGCAUACGACCCAACAUCUGCGCCUGCCGAAGAGGUUACUCCGGGCUUCUGUGUUCCCAGAAGCUCCCAAUUCCACGAGGCUGAUUGGAGGAGUAACUAGAAAUGCACUGAAGACACAAGACAACACAACUCCACCAGACGUGUAUUUUAGCAAGUCUUUUGUUCCUUCAAAUUAGUAUGUAACAUACAGCACAAUUCCAAAGAUUAUGAUCUCUGUACAUGGCCAAUGUAUGUAUGAUAUCUGUAUCCUUGGUAAAUAUGACAUCACUCACACAGGACUGCGAGCAUUAACAUAUAAUCAUGUACCAGAGCAAGUAAACGAAGUAACUACCAUCUACAGAUACAGUGUCUUUAAACCAGUCACUGGCCAAAUCUCCCCAUUAAUUUUAUUUAUUUAGUUGUGUGAUGUUGUUUUAUACUUUUAUACUGUUGUAUAUAUCAUCAAAUAUGUUUCAUGGUAAUCACAAAUAAAAUUCUGGCCAUGCACUGUA